AUGGCGGAAGAGGAGGUGGCCAAGCUGCAGAAGCAUCUGGCCCUGCUGAGGCAGGAGUACGUCAAGAUGCAGCAGAAGCUGGCUGACACGGAGAGACGCUGUGCUGUCCUUGCUGCUCAGGUGUCUGGCCCGUGCUCCACCAGCCCAGCAUCUGCUGACACCUUUAUCAGCCGGCUUCUGGAAAUUGUGUCGGAACUGUAUCGACAGGAACAAUACAGUGAUUUGAAAGUGAAGAUUGAUGGGGAUAGGCUCAGUGCCCAUAAAUUUGUCCUGGCUGCUCGCAGUGACGUCUGGAGUCUCACCAAUAUGGCCAACACCUCUGAACUGGACCUAUCUGAUUGCAAACCUGAGGUUGCCAUGGCGAUGUUACGCUGGGCAUACACGGACGAUUUGGAGCUUAGUGAAGAUGACGCAUUUCUCAUUGACUUGAUGAAGCUGGCCAACCGCUUCCAGCUUCAGCUUCUCAGAGAAAGGUGUGAAAAAGGUGUAAUGUCCUCGGUAAAUGUCAGGAACUGCAUUCGCUUCUACCAAACAGCUGAGGAGCUAAAUGCCACAACUCUGAUGAACUACUGUGGAGAGAUCAUAGCCAGUCACUGGGAUGAUCUGAGGAAAGAAGAUUUCAGCACCAUGAGUGCCCAACUUUUGUACAAGAUGAUAAAGUCUAAAACAGACUAUCCUCUCCAUAAAGCCAUCAAAGUUGAGCGUGAAGAUGUGGUUUUCCUUUAUCUCAUCGAGAUGGACUCACAGUUGCCACGCAAGUUGAAUGAACUUGACAACAACGGUGAUCUAGCUCUGGACUUGGCACUUUCCCGAAAACUGGAAAGUAUUGCCACCACUUUAGUUAACAGCAAAGCGGAUGUGGACAUGGUGGACCAGAGCGGAUGGAGUCUUCUGCAUAAGGCAAUCCAAAGAGGUGACGAAUUUGCCUCAGUCUUCUUAAUCCGUCACUCAGCUCAGGUGAACGCCGCUACUGUGGGAGCGGUGGAGACCCCUCUCCACCUCGUUUGUUCUUUUAGCCCCAAAAAACACUCAGCAGAAGUGAUGAGUGGCAUGGCAAGGAUUGCAGAAGCUCUGCUCAAAGCUGGAGCCAAUCCCAACAUGCAAAACAGCAAGGGCAGAACUCCCUUGCAUGAAGCUGUAGCUUCAGGAAACGAGCCUGUUUUCAGCCAGCUACUACAGUGCAGACAGCUCGACUUGGAACUUAAGGACCAUGAGGGCAGUGCAGCUUUGUGGUUAGCGCUGCAGUAUAUCACAGUUUCUUCAGACAACUCUGUAAAUCCAUUCGAGGACGAUGCUCCCGUUGUCAAUGGCACCUCGUUUGAUGAGAACAGCUUUGCGGCACAGUUAAUCCAAAGAGGGAGCAAUACCGAUGCGCCUGACUCAUCAACAGGGAACUGCCUCAUUCAGAGAGCAGCUCGUGCAGCCAAUGAGGCAGCUGCUCUUUUCCUAGCCACUCAUGGGGCAAAGGUCAAUCAUAUUAACAAAUGGGGGGAAAGUCCUCUUCAUACAGCUUGUCGCUUUGGCCUUGCAAGUCUUACAGCAGAGCUGCUCCAGCAAGGGGCCAACCCCAACCUACAGACCCUUAAGGCUUUGCCUGAUGAUGCACUUGGUGUGGCUUUUCAAACCCCCCUGCAUAUGGCCAUUGCUAACAACCACCCAGAUGUGGUCUCUGUCAUCCUUGAGCAAAAAGCAAAUGCACUUCAUGCCACCAAUAAUUUCCAGAUCAUUCCAGACUUCAGUCUCAAAGACUCUUUGGACCAGACAGUAUUGGGCUUGGCCCUCUGGACAGGUAUGCACACAAUAGCAGCUCAGCUACUGGGCUCAGGAGCUUCAAUCAAUGAUACCAUGUCCAAUGGACAAACCCUACUUCACAUGGCUAUCCAAAGACAGGACAGCAAAAGUGCCCUUUUCCUUCUUGAGCACCAGGCAGACAUCAAUGUGAGGACCCUGGAAGGACAGACAGCACUGCAGUUGGCCAUCAGUAACCAGUUGCCAUUAGUGGUGGAUGCUAUUUGCACAAGAGGAGCCGAUAUGUCAGUGGUGGAUGACAAAGGGGACCCUCCAUUAUGGCUCGCUCUGGAGAAUGGCCUGGAAGAUAUUGCAUCCACACUUGUUCGCCAUGGCUGUGAUGCAACAAGCUGGGGCAAAGGCCCUUCAGGCUGCCAACAGACCUUGCUGCAUAGAGCCGUUGAUGAGAACAACGAGGUCUCUGCUUGCUUUCUCAUCCGCAGUGGUUGUGAUGUGAACAGCCCCAGGCGGCCUGGCCCAAAUGGAGAAGGGGAAGAAGAAGCCAGAGAUGGACAAAUGCCUCUCCACCUUGCCAGCAGCUGGGGCCUGGAGGAGGUUGUGCAGUGCCUUCUAGAGUUUGGAGCUAAUGUUAAUACGCAGGAUGCAGAGGGUAGAACUCCGAUCCACGCUGCUAUUAGCAACCAGCACAACGUUAUUAUACAGCUUCUGAUUUCCCAUCUGGACAUACGUCUUAAUAUACGGGACCGGCAAGGAAUGACACCUUUUGCCUGCGCCAUGACGCAUAAGAACAACAAGGCAGCAGAAGCAAUCCUCAAAAGGGAGCCUGGUGCUGCUGAGCAGGUUGACAAUAAAGGGCGUAAUUUCCUCCAUGUGGCUGUGCAAAAUUCAGAUAUUGAAAGUGUCCUGUUCCUCAUUAGUGUGAAAGCUAAUGUCAACUCCAGAGUUCAGGAUGCCGCUAAGCUAACCCCUCUCCACUUGGCUGUGCAAGCUGGAUCCGAGAUCAUUGUCCGAAACUUGCUGCUUGCUGGAGCCAAAGUAAAUGAGCUGACUAAACACCGGCAGACCGCCCUGCAUUUGGCUGCUCAGCAGGACUUGGCUACCAUUUGCUCUGUACUCUUGGAGAAUGGCAUUGACUUUGCUGCUGAGGAUGAGAAUGGCAAUAAUGCACUUCACCUAGCAGUGAUGCAUGGCCGUCUUAACAAUAUAAGAUCCCUCCUCACAGAGUCAAACAUCGAUGCUGAGGCCUUUAAUCUCAGGGGUCAGUCGCCCAUGCACAUUUUAGGCCACUAUGGGAAAGAAAAUGCUGCAGCCAUUUUUGAAUUGUUCCUGGAGUGUAUGCCCGAAUACCCUUUGGACAAGCCAGAUAAUGAAGGAAACACAGUUUUGCUCCUGGCCUAUAUGAAAGGAAACGCUAACCUGUGCCGUGCCAUUGUGAGAGCUGGUGCUCGCCUUGGAAUCAAUAAUAAUCAGGGCAUUAAUAUUUUCAACUACCAAGUAGCAACAAAACAGUUGCUUUUUCGCCUUCUCGAUAUGCUGUCCAAAGAGCCCCCUUGGUGUGAUGGGUCCAAUUGCUACGAGUGUAUUGCCAAGUUUGGAGUCACAACUAGGAAACAUCACUGCCGUCAUUGUGGGCGUCUCUUGUGUCACAAGUGCUCUAUAAAGGAGAUCCCCAUCAUCAAGUUUGAUUUAAACAAACCAGUGAGGGUGUGCGACAUCUGCUUUGACGUACUAACUCUUGGUGGAGUGUCAUAA